AUGGCUUCCUCCAGAGGCGUCGUCCGUUUCCGCCGCCUUGUCCUGCUCCUCGUCGUGUCCCUCGGCGGCGCCUGCCGCGCUCGCGAGGCGCCGCUUCCGCUGCCUCCCGCCAGGAUCGCGGCGGGUGCCGGCAGCAGGCGCGCGCCGGAGCGGCACGGUCUGUCGCUGGACUUCUACGCCAGGUCGUGCCCCGCGGUGGAGCAGAUCGUCGGCAACGUCACCGCCGCACGGUUCCGCGACCACCCUGCCGCCGGCCCCGCCGUGCUCCGCCUCUUCUAUCACGACUGCUUCGUCGAAGGCUGCGACGCGUCCAUAUUGAUCGCGCCGACGGCCAAGCCGGGCGACGCGGCGGCGGCGGUGGAGCGGGACAUGGAAGAGAACAGGAACCUGCCGCAGUACGGGUUCGACACGGUGGAGAUGGCCAAGGCCGCCGUGGAGAGAAAGUGCCCCGGCGUCGUCACCUGCGCCGACGUCCUCGCCCUCGCCGCCCGUGACUUCGUGCAGCUGGCAGGUGGGCCGCACUACGACGUGAAGAAGGGGAGGAAGGACAGCAAGGUGUCCCUGGGUGGCAAGGUGCGCGACAGCCUGCCCCGCGCCAACUCCACCGUGGACGAGCUCCUCCGCGUGUUCGCCGGCAAGGGGCUGGGCGCCGGCGACCUGGUGGCGCUGUCCGGCGCGCACACGAUCGGCUUCGCGCACUGCGCGCACUUCCUGGGCCGCCUCUACGACUUCCGCGGCACGCGGCAGGCGGACCCGUUCAUGGACGCGCGGCUGGUGAAGGCGCUGCGCAUGGCGUGCCCGAGCACCGGCGGCAGCUCCCGGGCGGUGGUGCCCUUCGACGUGAGCACCCCGUUCCAGUUCGACCACGCCUACUACGGUAACCUGCAGGCCAGGCUGGGCCUCCUCGGCUCCGACCAGGCGCUCUUCCUCGACGCAAGGACCAGGCCGCUCGUGCUGGAGCUGGGUGCUGACAAGGCCCGCUUCUUCAAGGCGUUUGUGGCUAGCAUGGACCGGAUGGGCUCCAUCCGGGUCAAGAAGGGCAAGAAGGGAGAGGUCAGGAAAAUCUGUAGCCAGCACCUGUAGAUUAGAUCGUAGGUAAGCUGAUCUCCACUGAGAGCUUUGUGCUAGCUAGUGCAGCAAGUGUGUGCAGGUGUCUCUUGUUUCAAUCUC